CUGACCAUGUCCCUUUUCCCGCCAUAAGCGUGUGUUUGACCUAGAUUGAAACUGACGGCCAUUGUUGAUGAAAUUUACUACGACCGGAAGAGUUGUAAAUUUUGUACCCAAAAAAUGGGUCUUUCAGAGGACGGCGAUGAUGCCGUAGAGAGUCAGUUUGAAGAACUAUGCCUCGAUCUUAACAUGGACAAGAAAGCAAGGGACGAAGCGUUAGAGAACUACCAAAAAAUAUUAGAAAAUUAUUCUUUAGAGGGAAAUCAAUUACAUUGGUUGGUGUGUGCACUUUAUGAAGCAUGUAGAAGGAGCGUGAUUCCCACAGUAGGAAGAGGAACUGUGGAAGGAAAUUGUGUGUCACUUACAAGGCUAUUACGUUCUUCAAAAUUCAGUCUGAUACAAUUUUUUAAUAAAAUGAAAAAGUGGUCUGAUAUGGCAAAUUUGAGGAAAGAGUUUAGAGAUAAGAUAGACAGACUGGAGAGGAAUUUUGCAGUUUCAACAGUCAUCUUUAAGAAAUUUGAACCAAUAUUUUUGGACAUCUUUAGAAAUCCAAUGGAUGAACCUGCAAAGCAGAACAGAAGUCGGAAACAGAGGAGGUUACCAUGUUCCUCGUCAGAAGUUUUCAACUUUUGUUGGACUAUGUUUGUUCAUGUUAAAGGUCACUUCCCAGCCAUAAGUGAUGAUCUGGUGAACUCUUACCACUUGUUGCUGUGUUGUAUAGACUGGGUGUAUGCCAACAGUAUACUGGGUGGAAGGAAAGAUCUAUUAAACUCAGAUUUUCAAGCAUUGCCAGAAGAUUAUGAAUCUAAAGAUUGGAAACCUCCUGUAGACCCCCCUUGUAUUAUAAAACUUCUGUGUGAGAAACAUGAAGGAUUGGAAAUAGAGGCAAAAGUUAUAAAAGAACAUUGGUGGAAACCACACAUUAGAAAACUAUUCGAGAAAAAGGUUUUGAAAGGGAAAACAGAUACUUUGUCAGCAGUAUUAGAAAUUGGUAAUUUUGAAUUUAAUAGUCUGGCCAUCAACAAGGAACAUCAAAAGCUAGCCAAGAGAUUAGUCAGUAAAGCUGUGAAUAGCGAGUAUGAAGAGUUUGUACUUAGUGUCGGAGAUUUUGAUGAAAGAAUUUUCUUAGGAGAUGAUGCUGAAGAAGAGAUAGGAACUCCAGCGAAAUCAAAAACUGUUUCUGAAGAACUAGAUGAACGAAUAAAACUUAAGCAGAAUUUAGAACAACAUUUUGAAGAGACUAAAUCAUUGGCACCUCUAACGCCGCUGACGGGGAGAAGAUAUUUGAAAGACAAAGACCCAUCGAUAACACCAGUGUCAACAGCCACUCAAAGUGUGGGUAAAUUACAGUUGUUAUUGUCGGGCAGGAAGACUAGUCCUUCCGAUGCACUUAUAGAAAUGUUCAGUGAAUGUCCCAAAGAUCCCGUAGAUGGCAUAUUGUCACGUGUGAGAGAAAUGGGAGAAGUUUUCUGUAACCAAUAUGUUCAGCCAACAGAUGAAAAUCCAGGUGCCCACAUAGACUUUGCCAAGAGACGGUUACAACUUGGGGAGAGUCUUUAUUAUAAAAUAUUAGAAAGUAUUGUAGCUCAAGAGAAGAAAAGACUUAGUAGUAAAGAGGCUAUAUUUAAUUUAUUGGAACAUGAUGCCUUUCACAGAUGUUUAUUUGCUUGUUGUUUGGAAAUUGUUAUAUUUUCUUAUAAUUCACAAAGGAAAUUUCCCUGGAUUGUAGAAAUCUUUGAUAUAUGUCCUUAUUAUUUUUACCGAGUUGUGGAGAUUAUUAUACGUGCUGAAGAUGGUCUUUCACGAGAUGUAGUCAAACAUCUUAACCAUGUAGAAGAAUGUAUUUUGGAAAGUCAUGCCUGGAAACGGGAUUCCCCUCUAUGGACUGCUAUCCAAGAAAACAAUGGGGUACCAGUUUGUGAAGAGGUUAUCUUGCCAAGUUUGAUAGACAGCAAUUUAAGUUCAGGGAGUAAAGUGAUGCAACAUCCUGCAGUUAAACGAUUGGUUGAUGAAGGUCAUGGGGGCAGAAAAGAAAUUCCUCAGUCUCCGCCAGGACCAUCUGCUGCUGACAGAUUUAGCUCACCUUCACCAGGGAGUGCCAAAAGGAGGCUGUUUGGAGCAGGUGGAGGGACAAGUUCUGCAACAACACAGACUGGUAACCAAGACAAUCAAACAGUAAUAGCAUUCCAACAGGCACAGACAGAAGAUGGCAGACAGAUACUGAUACCUCUACAUACCACUGUUGUAAGGACCUCAAACAAUACAAAUAAACAGGACCAGAACACAGCACCUACAAAUCAGACAGGGAAUCAGUCACAAAAACCCAAGAAAACUGGUUCUCUGGCACUCUUCUUUAGAAAGUUAUAUCAUAUGUCCUCUGUGAGAUUACGAGACUUAUGUGAGAGGUUACACAUUGAAGAAGAGGAUGACCUUAGGAGAAAGAUAUGGACUUGUUUUGAACAUACACUUGUAAAUCACACUGAUCUCAUUGUUGACCAUCACAUUGACCAAAUUCUUAUGUGUGCAAUAUAUGUGAUGUCAAAGGUUACAGGGAACUCUCAGUCAUUCCAGAAUAUAAUGAAAUGUUACAGAAUGCAGCCGCAGGCACAAAGUCAUGUUUACAGAAGUGUGUUGUUGACAGGUCGACGUAGACACACAUCAGGGGGAAGUGAUGGUAGUAAAAAUGGUGCCAGUCGCUCGUCAUCACCCACAAAUAAUACAGGUACGACAGAAAAAUCAGAAAACCGAGAUUUGAUAAGGUCCACAAGCACAUUACCUGUUCCUCAUCCUGGGAGUCAUCCUCCUACGCCAAUCCACCUGACUUUGGGAGGGUCAGGAUCUGAGGCUGAGGAGGAAAGAGGGGAUCUCAUUAUGUUUUACAAUCAGAUUUAUAUAUCAAGAUUGAAUAGUUUUGCAAAGAGAUUUUCAGCUACAGUUCCUUCAAGGGAUUGUCCAGCUUUGUCUCCCUUACCUAUGAUGAAACCUCAGACCUUGUCACCAAGACGAGUAUCCUCCAAAUAUCCAGUAUACAUAUCUCCACACAAACAGAUUAACCUGAAAGCAACUCCUGCUACAGGCAGAAUGCAUUAUUGUUUUAACCGAAGUCCGGCAAAGGAUCUGCGUGCAAUAAACAACAUGAUAAAGAUGGGUGAUAAGAGACCAUCGUUUCUUGGCAAGAGAAGUUUAGGAGCACUUGAUGUAAAUGGCGAUGAGGAAGGAAGUGAAAGUCCAACUAAGCUGAGACGACAAGGUUCUUCACCGAUGUUCUUGAAGAAACUACAGUCUCUUGGUGUUGAGAGAAGAGAAGCCAAUGGGAGCAUGUAGCUUCAGUGAAGAAAUAGUUGACUUAAAAAUGGAUAUUUUAAAACAUUGUUGUUGUCUUUCAAAAAAAAUAUCACUUUAUUAUUUUUAAAAUUUAUUCAUGAAUCAUCGUCUAGUUAACAUUAACUCAAAUUUGCCAUGUUAGAACUAUGAAAUGAAUUUAUAUAUAAUCUGUUUAAGUGGGGGACUUUUUGUCUUUUAUAUGGAUGGUAUAUCAAUUUUCCUUGGGUCACCUGAUAUGAAUUAAAUUACUAAACUGAAAUAGGUUCUGAAAAUUAACUUUUGACUAAUAGUGAGUGAAGGUAUUACUUUCAUUAAAUGUCAGAUUUAAUUGUUGAUUAAAAUUUUAUAAAAUCUUAUUUAUGUAAAGGUUAGAUUUAAAGAACUUUGACCUUUAAGCUGCUGACGAUAAUGUGAUAUAUAGAAGAUAUAGUGCUCAUAUUUAUUGUCUUUAUACUUAAAGAUAUUCCAAUUUAUUGAAGUUGUAUAUUAAAAUAGUAACCAUAGAAACCAAUGUAGCACUAAUUUAUUUACUCAAGGUCAAGGUCUUCAAGCUGACAGAAAGAAUUUUUUUCUGGUGCAUUAAACUUAAUAAAACUGUGAUAGAUAUGGCUUCCAUAAAUUUUUGAUUAAGUAAAUAAUGAGUGAUUGUAAGUAAACUUUACAGUAUUAGUUGUAGAUACUGUUGUGAAUGUAGAAGUCAAGCAUUUCUUUCUAAAAUUUUGUUUGAUAGCCAAAACUGCUUUUCUUGUAGUUUCAAUUAUUUAGAUUUAUAUGGAAUAGAAAAGUGAUAGAUACUGGUAAAAAUUUUAUUAUCUAAAUUUUAUUCAUGUUUUCACUUUACAAAGAAACAGAUGUAUUGCUAACUUGUUAAUGGUAUUGAGAUGAUAGUAAAAUAAUUAAUUGUCUAUCAUAUCCCGUUAUAAAUAGACUGAAGAUGGUGAAUAAUUUGCAAUAAAAAAAAAUCAUAAGGGAAAUAAAAUAUUGUUAUUUACUGAACAAGUUAUAAAAAACAACACAGUAAUUUUAAUUAUGUUUUCAUCUUUUGUUUUCAAUAAGAAGACAAUUUUCUGUAUGUAAAACAUUUUAUAUUUAUUCUAAUUGAAUCAAGAGUUUCUGGAAAUCCACUCAUUUUCAGAAUUCUUACAAAAUGGAUACCAUAUGGGGAAAGAGUAGGUUUCUAUUGUGAGAAAUUAUGCUUUUUAGAUUUCAUAUUAUGAUUUGUAAUCUUAAGAGUUGAUUUUGAUUUUUUAUAAACAUUCUGAAUUUUAAAAUAACUUUUAUAUCUGCUUGCUUGUUGAAUGUAAUAUUUUAGUAUUUUAUUUUUUUGAUAGUGCAAUCUUUUUUGUAAAUAUCGAUCAAUGUGUAAAUAUCUAUUGAUGACAGAUAGUCACAUUUUUACAGCCUCUUUGUAACCUUACUUUUACUUGACCUUUCACCUUUAGAUAAAUGUUUUACACCUUUCUAAUAUCUUAUUUUCUUUUAAGCAGAUAUAUAUUUUAAGACUAUAUUGUUGCUACACAAAUAUUGGUAUUCUUAUAUAGGUAAAGUGAAAAUGGGACUUUUUCCAGGAUAUUGAAAUUUGUAUAAUAUUUGAAAAAAGCAACUUAAGAUUUUAUUCUAGGCAAUAUCAAUCAUGUUAAAAUUAAACUUUAUCAACAUCAUAUGCAUUUCAUAUAUUAAAUAAUCAGAAAUUUUUGCAUGAAAUAAUUUUUUGCAAUUGUUGAUUUAUAGGCAAAACCUGAAAAAAUCACUUAAUGGACUUGAGGAAAUGUAUUUUUCGAACAACAUAAAAAGAAUCUAAAAUGUAAGAUAUGAUCAACAAAAUUACAAACCCAAUACGUUUUCUACCAUGUUAAAAACCAUUGCAAAAUUUUCUGAAUUUAAAAUACUUAGAUGUUGUUACUUUAGAACUAGAAAUUUCUUAUUGACAAAAUUGCAUUGCAAUUUGAUAAACAUGGACAGCUUGGAGGGAUGUGAAUGAAAUGAAUGUCUGAAAAAAAUGAAGAAUGAAAAAUCAGGAUAA